CAAAAACAAAAAUUACAACAACAAAUUUAUUGAAUUAUCCCUUUGGUCGUCUGCAUAUCAAAAAAAUUACAAACUACGUAAAUAUCAAUGUCCAACAGUAUUACAGGAACUUGCGACUUACUUUGCCCAGAAGUAGAAGCAAAACUUCGAAUUAAGGAGAGACUUCUACAUUUUUAUGAAUGGAAAAACGGCGAGAAAAAUGUUCCAGGAAAGCUGGUGAAAUCUUUUGCUCGGUCAGCUGCUGGCGUGAGGGCACCCAGAGCUAAGGAUUUACGCACAGAACGAUGCUUGCAAAAAACUGUGGAAUACUUAUUAAAAGAUAUAAUCUUAGACAAACGAAGGCCGUAUAACUUUGCUUACGAUUUCAUAUUCGAUCGCUUGCGCGCAGUUCGACAGGAGGUGGUAAUGCAGCAGUACAAUGAACGCCAAACUUUGAAGUUACUUGAACCAAUGGUCAUGUUUUUGGCUUAUAGUCGUUACAGACUUUGUGAAGAUCAAAUAGAUAAUUUUGAUACGAAAAUUUGCAAUCAACACCUGCAGGAGUGCUUGAAACGCGCUCUAUGUUGCUACGAUGAUAUCAAUGUGAACAGUAUGAAAUUAAACGAGUUAAGAAAGCGUAAUUUUGUUGAGGCGAUAUAUCUUCUCUUCAAUUUAGGAACGAUAGACGCGCUAAAUCGUGCAUUGAGUAUUCCACAGGAAGUAAGAAAAAGCGAAACAUUCGAUUUAGCAUAUAAAAUAGCUAUAAGCUAUCAUCAAGGAAAUUUCUAUAGAGUCCUUUCCGGAAUACAGAAGCUUCCACAUAUUUUAAGUGCAAUAGCGGCUUUGAAGUUGCAAAUACUAAGGCGCAAGGUGUACUUAGUAUUUGCACACGCAUAUACCAGUAGACAACUGGUGGUACCUGCUAUUUUCUUAAGCAAGCUUGUAAUACAUGAGCAUAUAGAUGAUUUAUUAGCUGAUUGUAAAUACUAUAAUAUACAUGUAAGUGAAGACAAGGCAAGUAUGCAUUUUUUAAAGUCAGAUUUUAAUUUGAAUGCUGCUGUGCUGAAAGAGAGACAUGAAGGUUUUGUUGAAAAAGAAAUUGAUAAAAUAUACUUGCCCGAGAUUUUGCUCUUAAAAUGUCUUUAGCGCAUGCAUGUACAUUGGUAUGUGAAUAAUAAAAUUUGUAAGAACUACAAUUAGGCGUUUACAAAGUGCUUUAUUGUUUAUUUUAAACAUAAUCAUGAUUCUGCAUAUACAUUUGCAAUGUCACGCAAUAAUAUAUUAUCCGAAUGAAUGUACAUUCAUUUAAGUGUACUUAAAAUUGGAUAGUGGUAAUUCAGUUUAACUUGCAAGAGCUUACGUAAAUUCUCAUAAACAAGAUGCUAUAAUAUACAUAUAAUUAGUAACAUAUUCUAUAAUGCGAGUUCCAUUGAUAAUAAUACUUUUAGAAGUUUGUAUUUAAACUUAUCUCCGAACUGAAGUGUGCUGCUGUUUUGUUAUAUUGGAUUAGAUACUUUUCCAUUUCUGCAUAAUAAAUAAUAGGGCAAUUCAUUUAUGGGCGUAAAUGUCGCGAAACCAAGUAAGCCUCGCAAACUUGCUCAAUUUUGUACGGAAAACCAGUUUAUUUACGAGUUUACACGGUUACGGGGCAUUUACGCGUUUUGAUUAAUAACAUGAAUGUGUUACAAACAACUAAAUAUUUGUUAGAUAAAUUCAGCUUUAACUAUUUGAUAAGCAUUGGAAAGUCAAUAAAAGUUUAUAUGGAAAUUUA